AUGGCUGAAAAGGUACCGCAAAGACAGUAUCAUGAUCACUGGGGAGUUAUCUUUGUCAUUGACUCAGUCUCCAUCCAAAAAUCGCUCAAAGAUGUGGCAGAGUACCUCUACAACCUGCUGGCCGAUGCCGUAUUGGCAAAAGGACGCGUUCCUUUUUUGAUUGUUUGCAACAAGCAGGACUUACCUAAUGCAAAGGACAUUAUCGCUGUGGAAAAGUUGCUCGAGGAUGAAAUGUAA